UAGCUCAUAUUCGGCGCUCUCAGAGGCGAGAGAUGGCGCGAUACUCGAAGACGAAGAAACAUCAGAUUGGAGAAUUGUCCUUGUUGGUAAAUGGACUGAAUUUUUCUUCGCUGGAUGUGGGAUCGAUCAAGGAUGCCAUCCAAAAGCUCGAUGCUCGAUUAGAGGAAAACACGGGAAGGUAUGAAAUGUUCUUCAGGGACCCUUAGGAAAUCACCCUUAUUCAGACGGUCUCCCUCAGUUUUGCCCUAAAUGAUCAUCAACAAAUCGCGAUGUAUUUUAUAUGCAUGUGGAAAGCAAAUUUGGCCCCCGUAAAGUGUCUCUCUAGCGUAUAACGUUUCUGCUUGAUUUUGAAUUUUUUUUUGUUUCACCGGAGUAUCUAUUAGUUUCCUUAAUUUUUGUCGAAAUUCUCCUUUUAAUUUCUGAUCGCUGCAGGUGCAUCCGUUUUAAAAUUAUUCGCUUUUAGGUCAUAUCAGCAUACCGGCUAUUAGGAUUGCAUGUAUGGAUAAACUUACCCUGGCAACCUAGGUUGAAUACUGUAUAUGACUUGCAAUAACAUCUUAAGACAUGUCCUAGCUAAGACACUGAACGCCUUGUUGAGGGGGUUUACGGUAUUGCGACGUAUUGAGCUUUUUUUCAAAUGGUAUUUCGGUAAUUUUGAUUUUAAAGUACGGUAUUGUGGUAUCAUUUAGCACUGCGGUAUGCGGUUUUUCAUCCUUUUGGCUAAUGGGACAUUCGGUAAAAGAAGAUCCUUCACGGUAUUGGAGUACUGUUCAUUGCACUCUUCUGUCUAAUGCACUUCAGUAUUUUUAAGACUUUAGAUUAAUGGUUCCCUGCUAGCAGAGGUCUCUCUGCUUUCUCUCAUUUUUGUCUCGUCGUGAGAGACCUCUGCUAGCAGGGAAGAUUAAUGGUAAAUGAUUACACAAUUUCUGAUAGACAAAAGUGGUAGAGCAUCCUUUUCGAUCGUUGUACCGAUCAAUUUGAGGUCGUCUCGCGUUUCCUCGCAAUGGCUGAGGUUGAUUGCUGGUGUAUAAAUGCGUGAGAUAAACAAACACGCAAGAUGGAUACAACUUUAAGUAAGCGUAUCUGAAAAUAAUUGCAGUAUCAGUAUUUCAUUGAUAUUUGACACGCUAUUUUGGUAUUUGCCAAAUAUUCUUACUGUAUUGUGGUGUUGGGUACCCCCCAACUCAAUGUCCCCCUCCAUGUACAAAUGACCUUCAUGUUUUAUAUUAGACACAAACUUUUAGAAUGCAUGCCUUAAUUUUAGAUUGAGCAGAAAAAUUUUUGAUUGGCCAGAUGCGGGGCUGGCAUGGAAAAAUUCUUUACUUUGUCACAUGGGUGCAUGGUAGAUUACUAUUAUUACUAGAAACAGUCACAUGAGAACAAGUCCAGAAUAUAAGACGUGAACCAUCUUGUCUUCUCUAGGACAUACUUAUACUUUGUACAAUUCACGUUUUAUUUAGGAUGUAUCUUGUCGUAAGAUGUGUCUUAUUUUUCCUUUUACAAAUGACCUUAAUAUAGCUCUAAAUGACAAGAUACUCUGUAUGCUUGUAUUAGAGACACGAUAAUUUCAUGUGAAAUAGAGGUGUUGAUACAAAGUUACAAAUCCACAAUGUUUAUGAGUGUUUAUACUUUAACAUGUACGUGAAGCAAAAAUACAUUAAGGUGGUGGGGAGGGUUGUUCUUUUUUACUGCACCUCUUCAUGGACGUUCCUCCAUUUGUCCCAAUAUUUUCACCCCAAUUCGCCUAUUUUCCCCUGUUUUCCCAACCCCAACCCAAAUGGUCCCCUAUUAUCCUCACCCCGUCUCUAAGUUUCUCUCCUAAUAUCCUCAUCCCACUCCCCUUUAAUGUCCCAUGUUACUGUCACCCAUUCUCCCAUUACCUCUUACUCCCCUCACCCCAGUCCCCCUAUUGUCAAGGCUGUGCUGUAAGAAAAAUUCAAGGGAGCCCAGUGCUCUGAACUUGUAAAAUCUAGGGUGCCCAGCAUGUGAUUUCUAUGAAAAAAAUAAGAUUUUUUAGUAGCCCAAGACUAAAAGUUAGGCGCUACAGGCCACUGGGUGCUGCUAGAGUACAGCCCUGCCAAUCCUCUGUUAUUCUCACUCAUUUCCACCAUUGUCUCUUAAGGUGCUUUCCAUUUAUUAGAACUGACCAGCCAGCCCAUUCCCAUCGUAAAGAGAAUUUCACUUAAAAUCAAAACUAACCAUCCAGAUCAGUCAAAUCCUAAAUAUUAUGCACAAGGGAGAUGGUUUUUCAUUGCCAAAAUGUCUGGUCUGACCAUGAUCCAGCUGGCCAGUUCUGACUUUUGGAAAGUGCCCUUAGUAUCCUCACUCCAUUCCCCCCAUUGUCCCAUGGUAUUGUUACUUAUUCCCACUGCAGUUGCCUUUUACUAUCAUUAUCCCUUCUUCCUAUUGUCUCCUAUCAUCCUCAGCCCACUCCUCCUUUUGUCCCCUGAUACCCUACCCCCUACGUCAAUGUUGUACUGUACUUGUGACACUGUUGAGUUUUGUGUUUAAAAUUCUUUCAAGAACGGUCUUCUUGUAAAGACAUCAUUGAACAAAAUUAUAAUUUCCCUUUACAUUAUUUUAUAGCUUGCAGGAAAGCUGGGGACAGUUUGUGGAUGUCUGCAAUUCCAUCUCUCAAGACAGAAAUCAAAAUCCUUCUGAAUGGUUAAACUCAAGAGGGGCAGUUGAUCUUUUGGCAUCAUCCAAUAUUACACAGACAAAUGCCUGCUCUUAUGAGCCUAUUGCACUCAACUGUUUCUUGAACAAUGUGGUAAGCUUUUAUUCAUCUUGCAAGUGAACAUGAAUUUUUUCUUUACUGAUUCUUGCAUAUUUAUAGCAUGGCAAUUCCAGGCCUUUAUAAGAUUGCAAGACCCUUGCUUAACAAUAUGCCAUUUGCACGAUGGCGUCAUUUAACUACUACUACCAGAAUCCUUUGGGAUAUUCCUUUCUAAUGUGCAAAUUUGGGCCCUUGUUGUUUGAACCUCACUGGGAUUACCAAAUUUAAAUAUGAAAGAAAAAGAGAAUGAUUUCUGGUCUUAGUUGUAAGGAGUCAUCAUCAUGCAAAUGGCCAGCUAUUUGGGACUGAAUCUUACAUUUAUGUCCAAAACACUUAAAACCUUUGAGCAAAGUUCAUACAUGUAUAUGUUACAGGUCAAAUUUGAUUUUAGGUUAAAUUGUUUUAACCUCGGUUGAUUAUCAAAUUCCUUGGUCUCUUAGGGCCAGCUAGGAGACAAAGGAAUUGAGAAUCAACCUAGGUUAAAUCAAAUUUAAACUAAAAUCAAAUUUGACCUGUAACAUAUAAUUAUAUAUAUGAUAAAGUACUGGUAUGAUCAAUAACAAUGCAUCCUUUAAGUUACAUUACAUUACAUGUAGUUACAGUAUUUGUUGUAAAUCACACUAUGAAAGGUAUAUCUUGUUUUUGGGGUUGUCAUUCAGAUUCAGGCACUAGAACGUAACCCUGGCCAAGAGGAGUCCAUCUUUGACGACCUGGUACAGUUUGCUUCCCAGCAAGGAAUUGUAAUGCCCUUUGGCCUUCCUCAGAAGGAUGGAGUCAGUGAACAAGAGGAGGUACCUUUAAACACCAUUGUGAUAGAAAAUGAACAAGCUACUGACAUCUUAUGGGAAGCUAUCAGGAGCAAACUGCACAAAGGAUUUUGGGCUCUUCUGGCAAAAUUACCUCUGUUUGAUGAACACAGUGAGAUAUUUUGUGAUGAAAGGAAAAUAAACCUUUUACAAGACUUAUGUUUUCUUUAUCCUGCCAAUGAAAUUUGGAAAGGAUACAAGAAUUAUCGCCGAAAGUUGAUGGACCAAUAUGUGAGAAAUGAAGAUUUGUUGCAAGACAUUGAAACAGAUCUGAUCCCACAUGAGGGUAACAUUCCUGGUAAUGUUGUAUCAUUUGUCAAGCUGUGUAAAGCUGCUGAAAUCAUGAUACACGAGGAUGCAAUAAUUUUGCAAGAGGGUAUUUUCCCUGACAAGGUGCCAAGCUUUGACUACAUUUAUGAUUCAUACUUAGUGAAGAUUACACAAGAGCUCCAGUCUGUUUGCGAGUCUUGUAGUAGUAACAAGAAAAAUGAACAUGCAUCACUGAGUGAAGUGGAACGGCCAUCAGGUAGCAGAAGAGGCUCUAGUGUGUUGACUGUUAAACAGAGUGAUCCAAAAGAUAACCUUUUGGCUUACAAAUAUUUUUUUUGUGCCAUGGUUUCAUUGGAGCAACUGGUACAAAGGGUCACAACUCAAAGAUCAGAAAUGGAAGGGACAGGUACAUGUAAUUGGAUAGCUUAAGCAGGAUCAUUUUUGAGUGAUGUACGUCAACGGGAAGUGGACGUUUUGCAGUCUUGGACAGCGAACUUGCCCAUAUUUUCGGGCAAAUCAUCUGCAUAUGAGUAAAUACUCUUACCAAGACAAAUCAAAGCAUAUUAAAGUGAAAAAGGGCACACUUCUGGUUGACAUGCGUCAAACAAAAAGACGUCUCUGCUUAAGGUCUCUAUUAGUACAUGAAAUACUGUUUUUAAUAAAAUUGACUGUAGUGAUGAUGAUGAUGAUGAUGAUGAUGAUAGUUAUAAUGAUACAGUGACUCUAAAUGCAAAAUCAAUGUACAUUGUAAAUGAAGAUAUGAUUAUUGUAGUUGUGUUGGCAAAAUGAGAAAACUUCAGGUGAAGCCCUCCAAAUUUUUGUUGAAUCCUGUUCGAGCCCUGAAUUUUUUGGGGGGUGGGAGGAGUUGGAGCGGGAGGGGGGAUGAGGGGGGGGGGCUUGUCAGUUUUUUCACCAUUAUUUUUGUUUUGCUUGUUUGUAUAAAUUAAUAAAGUGAAAGGAAUUUUUUUAGGUAGCCCUAUUCACUGAUUUUAAGUGGGCUGUCACUGAGUUAUGAAGCAUUUUACUGUAGCUUGCCAUCUUGCACUUGUUACUUUUCCUCAAGUGUCCAUGGUCAUUGAUUUUCUUUGGCUGCUCACUACCAUUACCUGUCGUAUUUCAUCAGGUCAUCUGUAACAGGUUGUAGGGUUUACAGGCCUUAGUGACAGACCAAGAUUUACUUUCAUGAGUUUAUAGCAUUAUGACUUCUUUUCUCUGCUGUAGUGACUAGAGUCGGCAAUCUACAGAAUGCAACCAAGUCCCCUUCCAGUCCAGUUUUGGGACACAGGAAUCCCAAUCGACAGAGCUCCAAAAAGGGCAAUCAUGCCGGCCUUUAUGUUGCAGAGGGAAAUCUACCUUUACCUUUUGGUAAGCUGAUAAAACAAUGCGCAUUUGAAGUAUUAAAUCUAGAUGCAUAGGGUUUUACUUGCUUUUCAUUAAUAUUUGGUUGUGGUGGAGAAUAUAGUACCAUGGAAAUGUGAUGAAGGUGGCAGGAACUUGGAAGUUUAAGUUUUGUGAGCUUCACUUCCUCUUUUGAAAAUCUUCAUCAAGGAAAGUCUUCAAAACAACAGCUUUUCAGAAAUACUUUCAUCCGUAUGAAUUGAAGUGUACAUGUAUAUGAAUAUAUUUAAGCUGAAUGAGAAUUGAAACUUCCUAUUUAUUUUAUUUUAUUGACAGAGCUGUAGAACCAUCCCAUGAUCUUGUGCAAAAUAUGUUCUUUUCCACCUCCAAUUCACCCAAUUAAAAAAAAAAAAAAAAGAAGAUAAAAAACUAAUGCAUAGCUAUUUGCCUUUUAAAAAUGUACCUUGGGUUGAGAUACGUCCGUUUGCAGAAUGGUGUGCAGAAGUCCAUUAAAAAAAAAUACAGUUGAAUUUAGCACAAUCACUUGUAACCUAGGGACCCAAAUGUUUUGUAGCCCAGGGCCCGGUUCCUGAAAGGCCAAUUAGUGCUUAUUCAGGAUCAAAAUUUUGUUCCACUUUUUGUAUUUACCUUCCUAUGUUCUGCUUAGAGUAACAUUUUGUGCUAUCAUACCUAUAUCUUGGAGUAAAAGCUCAACAGUGUUUUGUAAGCUCGAGUUGCAUCUUCUUAGACAAGAAAACCUUGUUUAAAAUUUGGCUUAAACGUAACCAUCUGUCUAGGAACCGGGCCCAGUAGUUUUAAUUGUGGCCUUCAAAUAUUAGGACAGAAACAAAUGCUGGAAGAUAAAUAUAACAAGGUUAAGAAUCCCAACUGACUGGAGUCAAACUAGUUGGCUAUUUACAAGCAGGGGCGAGGAGUAGGACUCAGGACUAUCAAGAACAAAAUCCAGUUAGUGGUUAGGGUGGGAGUGGAACUUGGGGCCUCCAGAUAAUUUGCAUUUUAUCACAAUCUUUUCAGUAGGCAAGGUCUAACCAAUGUCGAAUAAUUUUAGUAAAACAUCUGUUUUGAAAAAACUAUGAAAUGUAAACUAAAGUUAUUAGACAAAAGAUUCUUUCUCACAAUUUGAGGGCCCUCGCCUGUCCUAGAAUCGCUUUUUAAUGACCUUUAAUUUCCAAUACAUUUGUCUGUAAAAAUGUUUUCCUGCCGACCAAAUUUCCCAGGAAAAAUUAUAGACAAAUGUAUAGAAAAUCUUAUCAAGAACGUUUUAGCUUGAAUACAGCCCUCAAAAUUUGUCAGUAAAUCCUCUACCUUGUAGCUUUAGUUUACAAUUUAUAUUUUUUUCAAACGGACGUUUUACUUAUUUAUCAUUUUUAAAACAUUUUUUACGCCUGCUUGAAUAACUCCAAAACCGAUGGCUUUUUUUCCAGUUAACCACUCAGCCAUGGCCUUUUGUGAAGAAUGGGUAAAGAUCAGGCAUUUUUAAAAUAUUCAUGAAUAACUCCAAGAUGGCUUGUGAAGAAGGGGACUUUGAGACUGAAAGAACGUUGGUGUAUACAGCUAAAUCAAAAAAGGUUGAUUUGGUAGUUGGUCAUUGGAAAUUGGACAUUGUGCGUUUGGGCAUAUUGAACAAUACCAUGAUUUACUUGAGUGAACACCUAAUUACAGUAGCUUCCCAAUGCCGAAAGAAACCUUUAUUGAAUCAGCUAUAUACAAUAGUCAUGAAAUUAUUUUUGAGUGGUUUAUUGCAACUUCAGCCCCUCAGAAUAAAGGGGUCUAUUAAAACAGUUUCAAUACUUGCAGUGAUAUUAUUACUCACUCUUUUUUGUUAAUUUCAGGUUCUGUUACUAGCAAAGUGGAUUCCCAAUCCCAUAGCAUUAGUGGUAGUUUAUCCCAAAGCCAGUCAUCACAGUGGCCUUGGAGAGAUGAAUUCAAGAGUCACACUUCAAAGAUUUCAUUAUCUCUGAGUGAUAGUAUUAAGAAAAGUUGUGAAAAGGCUCUUGAUGAUGAGCUUCAGUCAUACCAAGUGUGGAAAAAGAUCCCUUCUGUUAAACUGAGAGGUUUGGAUGACAAUUGUAUGUACACCACAUUGUAAAUGUCCUUGUACACACCUUAUUUGCACAGAAACUGGACUUCCAUGUGUGAUGAGUGUUUUUUUGUUUUUGAAAGCAUGACUGAUGAACCUAAGGGAUAAGGUUGAAAAUAUUUUUAAAAAGUCAGGAUGUUGAAUUCUUAACAAUUAUUAAAAUUUUCUUUUAUGCUGCGAGAGACACUGUAGCUGCAGUUCUCCCCAUGCUAAUAGGAAAAGGAAAUUGAGAAUCAAACUAGACUGAAGCUGUUUUAACUUGAAUUUCAUUUUCACUAACCUCUUACAACUUGUCUUUAAUUAAUGAAUAAAGAUGUAACUCAAUUUUAAAUAUAUACAUGUACCCCUUUUUUCACCCUGCCACACAGUUUCCAGGUUCUCAUUUUUAGUAUUAUUACUGAAGAAACAAACUGUAAUUGUUCAAAUAUACUAAUAAAUGUACAAUUUUGUUGCUAUCUAACCAGAUGACAUUGUUGGGGGUAAACAAGAUUAUGCCAGAAAAAUUGCAAAGGUAAAUGUGACACAGAAGUUCCUUUGAACAUGCCAACUUCAAACACAACAGCAUGGAAUGUUGUACACAUGUGUACAUACCGUAAAUAACAUGGUUUGUACAACUGUAGUUCAUACAACAAGAAUUUUCUACACUAAUAAUUAGUGGGCAACAAGAGGAUCCAGCAAUCCUAAUCUCCAGGUUGGCAGCCACUUAGAAUGAAUGGAAUGCACUUGAUGCAAUGUGAUCACGCACAUUUGGACCUUCUAUCACGCCUUGUAAUCUGAUCACGUGUGUUUUGACCAUCUGUCACAUGAAACUUGUGCAAAGCACAGCGUUGGAGCAAAAGCGAUUUUACCUUCGAUUGUUGUCGCUUGCACUCUGUAACCUUUGGCUAUUAGUAGUCUGUACAAAUAGUGAACACUAGUGAUGUCCAAUGUGGUUAUAAGCUCUACAUGUACAGCGUAGUGUGUCAAAGCUUAAAAACACAAACAAUAAUAUGUUAUUUUAAUCUCUAUAUUGUAUCAGCUCUUUUUUUGUUUUACAGAGUUGUGCUGUCAUCAUGGAAAAUGCAGAUGAAGUUCUUCCACUUGCAAGCAAUCAUGGUGGCAAACUCUUCCAUGUUGUUAGGUCAUCCUUUGUGGACUCAUUAGAAGCCUGUCUCAAGUCUUAUCAUUCCAGAUUAAUACAGGUACGAGUAAUCAGAAAUUUGCUGCUGUGUUUAAAUUAGUAAAACUAAAAACUGAUAUUAGUAAAACUAGUGACCCCUCCCCUCCAAGCGACCCAUCCCCUCCCACCCCAAACAAAGUUGAAGUUUGAGUUGAGUGCUUUUUGUCCACAACAUUGCUGGGGGGGGGGGGAUAAACCUAAAACCAAUCAAAAAAUUGUCAUUAGGAGCAGAGUCCUAUGUAUCAAUUACUUGGAAGGGUUUUUUCACACAGUCCCAAGUUCUUUUGUCCACCAUUGUAAACAAAAUUGUAAGCCAAUACAGGGGCACCUACUUAUAUAGCUCAUAAAUUCAAAUGGUUACACAUGUUGAAAGACUGUGGGGAAUAAGGAAACCUCUUUGUGAACAUUUUGUUCAAGUAAUACAACAUGUACCACAGGUCCUGCCAUUAAACCAUCCCGUUUUCCUUGUACCAAUGCCUUAACUGUAAAUAAAUUUAAUCAUUUUGUGUUGUAGCUGCUGUCAGACUUCCCUCAUCUUUGCAGUGUAGACUGUCUGUACAUUAUUCUCAGCAGUGCUGUGUUCAUAAGAAAUCACUUGGUUUAUUAUGAAGAUAUACUGGGCUCUGAACCAAGGUAACAAAAUUACCUUACCACAUAUAAAUGGCUCAAAAAAACUUGAAUUUAAGCAUGUCUUUGGUCAAGCAGCUCUCAUGUUUUGCUUGAAAUUGCCCGAAGCAACUACCUGUUUGUCUUAGUUAAUGCUUGAAGGGAAUUUAGUUGAAGAAUGACUUUCCUGGACCCUUGCACUUUGGAAGUGAGAUGUAAAAGUUACUUGCCCAGCAAGAAAAUCUACUCUACUCUACUCGGACAAACAGACAAACUUUAUUCAAGCCAUGCAUAUAAAAGAAAUUAUAGAUGCACAGAGUGCAUUGUUGCAUUGCAAGCACACAUGACAACGAACAGUCAGAACCAGAUCCACAAAACAGAAGUUGAAGAAAACCUUAAUUCCAGCAUGUCCUUCGGGGUACUUGCAUGCUUGUCUCCCUUUAUGAUUUAGUUGGAUGUCUUGGAUGAAGACUUUCUUAGGCCCUUGCACAUCGAGCUAGUGAAUGUGAAAAGUCACUGUCAAGUGGACAAAUCUUCUUUUCCUGGACGACCACUCUGAGUUUUCUAGAGCCCUGUAAAGAGGAUUAUUUCCUAUAUAUUAUACAAGUACACUAAUUUGCAUUGUACUUACUGUGUAGGGUGUUUUUGUUGCAUAUUUUUUUAUAGUUGAAAACGUCAUAAAUGAGUGGAAACUUUCCAUAAUUAAAUUCAUACAUUCAUUGCAACAAUCCUAUCAUUUUUUUAAAGGUAUAUGAAUUUUGUAGAUAAUAAAUUUUUAUCCAAAAGUAGAUACAUAAAAUGGAUGAACAUUUACGUGAUACACUUGCAGCCCUGUGGUGUACAGCAGAAAACUUAACUGUGAUGUGGUUGUCCAUCAAGGUGACUUUUCUCUUUGAUUUGCAGACGUCCCUUUCCUGUGUUACAUCGUCAGUUCAGUGAACUUGUUGAUAGCAUUAGUGAUCAAAUCAUCAGUUACCAUGAGACAAUCAUUUUAACAGUAAUACUACAGGAUACCCACAGUCACAAUUGGACAGAUCAUAGACCUUUCUUUGAGGUAACAUGGUCAUCUCCCCUGUCUUUCAUGUUACUACUGUUUACAUCUGUUGCAUUGCUGGUUUGAAAAAUGUUUUUAAAAAAUGUUUGGGUCUUGAAAAAAUGAUGGGAUUUCCAUUUCUUUCAGAGUUGAGUUAAGUGGUUUAAAUCUUGGCCAUCAAAUUUUUUUGCACUCAAGACUCCUUUACAAUUUUUUCUAGUAUUAAGAGGUCACCAUUGAUUAAAAUAAUAGUUACUGGCCAUGUCUAGCCUGUGUAGCCAGCGUGAUCAUUCUCGCAAGGAAACUUUUUGCAGAGGAGCUGUGAAGCUGUGCGGAGAAUGGGAAGGAGACGCUUUUGGAAUUUUCGCACGCCUUCGGCGCUCGCUUCUCGCAGUAACACCACAAGAAUGGCAGCUUCGCACUCACAAAAACAAUUCCGCCAGCUACGUAGGCUAGCCAAUGUCCCUUCAAGCCAUUUUCAUUGUCAUUUCUUGUAUUAAACUUUCAACCUGUAUUAAGAGGUUAGUUGGUAACUCUUUAACCCUUUAAACCCUAAGAUCAAAAUUUGAAUUCUCAUUUAUUGCCCCUAUUCAUUUCCAGCAGACGUAGUGGGGAGAAGUUGAUAAAAUAUCAAACACAUACGUCUUGUGUGAUCAUGUCCUUAAUUCUCAUGACCACUCUGUCUUACAAAGCAUUGCUAAAUUACAAGGAGAAAUUUGAUGCUGAUCACUCUCAGGGCUUAAAGGGUUAAGUGUGACCUUUAAGUACAAGUUUGACUGCGUAUGGGUGCCAGCAACAAAGUGUUGGGCGUAACCCUGUGAUGAACUGAUCUGCGAAGAGGAGUAAACUCUUACAACCCUGGAACACUUCAAAGGACCUUCCUCUCUUCCCCUUAACAAAAUUGAAAACGGUUUGUCUUUGGACUUUUUGUUUUUGUUGGAUUUUCACGUUUCUGUAAGGGAGGACAGGGUGUGAUCAGAGUGUCAACCUUUCCGAUGAUUAGUAAGCAGGAUUGUUUGUAGGUGCAUAAAGUCACUGAAACUUGGUUGGUUGGCCGUCUUAUUAGAUAAGUGUGCCUUUACCCUUGACAUUACUCAUAUUCUUUAUGUGGACAGGAUGAAAGAUGCUCAUUUUCUGUGCAGAUGUGGAACUUUCACCUUCAAGGUUUACGCCAUGAUUUAUGGACCUAUUGUCCACCUGAGAAAGCUCAGGAAAUAUUUACUUCUGUCCUUCACAGUUCUUUGGUUACCUUGGUAACAAGAUAUAGCAGAGUAACUCCUUCAUCGAGAAGAGUCAAGCAGUUCAGGUAUAAGAAGUCCUCUAUGUAAUUACAAUUAAAUUUCUACCCUGCUCGCCAUAAAGCCUGUUGUAGUUAAGUGGUUAGAGCAUCCGAACUUAAACUAGGAGGGGUGUGAGUUCGAUUCUCACCUGAAGCUCGGAUUUUUUUUAGCUUUCUGGUGCUGGAGUUCUCCUUCUUCCAAAAUUGUAUAGUUAUUGUUUGUUUCACAAUUUAGUUACUUGAGAUGUAGAUCGUGGUAUUUCAACUUUCUUCACAUGAUAAGGUCAAAUGAUUAGUCCACGUUUUCCAAAUCGGCGGGCUAAAUGUGGCAUAUUUAAAAACUCCUACAAGACUUGUGAAGCAAGCAUUGUUAUUAACUUCUUUAUGACCACUAAUAGUUUUGUUUCGUUUUUUUUAUUAGGUCAGAUAUCACAACCAUCCUGUUGUCUACUCUGUCAUUCUUGUGGUUUUGCUGUAAAUCAGUGUCAUUCUUGCUAGAUCCUCAGAGUUCAGCGGCUCCUUUUCCAGCCAUUCACAGGCUCUGCUCCUGUUUAUUGACUACACUGGUAAAAUAUCAAGAUCGUAUUUAAAAAUGCUUGUAAUGAACAGUCGAACCUUCAUGUGGGACCAACCUCAGCUCCAAUAAGUCACCACUUAUUAAAAACUCCAAAAUUUGUGUCUGGACCUCUUUUUGGGAGAGGCCCCUUAACUGCUUACUGUACUAUUUGGUACAAUAACGUAACGUGUUGAAAUUCAUUUGAAUUCUGUGUAAAAGCCUGUGUUCUAGUUUUCUGUUACUGGUUUUCUCUCUUUUAAACGUAGAUUAAUUAAACAUCGUAAGUUGGUGUGAAUGUGGUAUAAAUGAUAUUUCUAAGUUUCAUUAACACCGUUUUUUACCUAAACCAUCUCGCGUCGUUAUUUUUUCGGAAAGAAUCUCACAGCCACUAUUUAUCUGUUUGUUGUCCGCAGACUGUAGUCAGCUGUCCCCUGGAGACUUUGUGUUCUUAUGUCAUAGCUGAACAACCAUCCAAUCAGGAGCUAACAAACUCUGCAGCUACUUGGUUGUCAUGGUUGCAUCCUGAAGUCUUUAAAAGCCACGAGGGGCGGUGAGAAUUUCUAUUUAACAUUAACAGUUUUUUUUUCAACAAUACCAAAACUGUAAAUCUAGAAAAGAAAUAAUAAAUUAAUUAAACAACGUCAACAACAACAACAGCAAAAGCAGAUUAAAGUGUGAUAAACUAGUAGGAAUCACAGAUUAAUAACGUGCGGUCGAGAUUCCAAUUCGUGUGUGAUACCACAUGGUUUUGUUGCAACGGAGAACGUGUUGCCGUCAUUUUUCCCGAAAAGGUAGCAGUCUGUCAGCCGCAGUAAAUAGGACACACCGACGACACCAUGGCAUUUCGCCCAAGGGAUCAGAAGUUUGAGCAACACGGUUUUUGUUUCUGAUCCAUUCUAGAAGUGGUACUGGGCGAAAGACCAAAAUGACUUUUGAUAAUGAUGUCAUUAAGGCAGUCAGAAAGCCAGGUAGAAAAAGAGAAAUAUUUUGAUUGGACAAUAAUUUGCAUUACUCCUCUUUGUACAUGUAGGUUACAGACAGAGAAUCAUUGAAACACUGUAUGCUUGUUUUCUCUCCGCCUAGGCUGGCUGCACUUCCUGAUAGACAAGCGACUUUUGUGUUGUAUAAGCUAGCCGUAAAUCAACCUUCUCCUCAGUGGUCACUCUUCUUACGAGUAAGAUAUUCCAUACUAACAGUAAAUAUUCUGCGUUACACUGUGAAUAUACGUAACGCCACUUUUGGAGACUUCCUCUGUGUUAUCACUGCGGAGCGAGUAGUUACAGAAAGAACCCAAUUUGCGAUGGACCCUCUGUUGCGAUUUAUGGUCCUGAGGGUUUUAAAUGUAGUGGGAGCUUUAUCAAACUAUAAACGUUUCAUAAUUAAUCAAUAACUGUGACUGAUGAUGUAGUAAUGAUUAUUUUAAAAAUUUGUCGUCUUUAACUUAGGCUCUGCUAAGCAGAAAUGCAAGGCUUCCUGUUACAAUUGUCAAAUAUGGAGGUAUGGUUUUGCAGUUAGUUUUACGCUCUAUUAUUAAUGGUCCCAUUCAUAUUCAACCUGUUAUCAGUAAGUGCAGGUGAAUGAGGUUGAUGAGUUAUUCGCAAACAGUACACCUCUAGGGCCAUUUAAUGUCAGGCUGGCAAUCGCGUCAAUGUAGUUUCUUAAAUUGCCCGUUGUGAGAACGAUUUCUGGAUUAUAAAGUUAACCCAUUUGCCUAUGGGAAUUUGAAGCUAGUCGAGUGGUUUUCUAGUCACUGUUAUGAAGAGCUAAAACUUACCACAAAGCUGUUUACAUGUCCUUCACUUCGCGGCCUUCUGAUCCAGAUAAAAAAUAUUAGCUUGCGCAGUUCGGGCAUGCGCAGAAAGCAAAAUUUCGAGAUUUUGUGUUUAAGAGUGGCACGGCAAUCUUGACUUUUUCUUCUCGCUUUGUCUUUCGCUUUUCUUGCCUUAUUUUGUUUUUCUCUUUGCUGGGCAUUUAGUAGGCUUUAUUUUGGUGGGAAAUGUUUUUGGGAAAGCUUUUAGGAUCUUAGUGGAACAAGAUGUUCGUGGACAUUUUCGGUCAAUGUUACAUGGUUUUUUACCUUUUUUAUCCGGCUUGCUUGACCGAAUCAUGCCCAUUCUGGUAUGGUUUGAAACAUCUCCUCACCCUGCGCAAGUUAGCAGGCAAAGUUGUCCUUGACCGUUAAAACUGGUGACGUCACAAGCGGUAGAAGGGACAUGGAUCCGCAGGGGCGGUUACGGGCGGCUCAGGGGCAAAUGGGUUAAGGUUAUGUCAUGUGUAAAUUGAAGCUCUGUGACCCGCGCUUUUCACCAACAUAUCACUAACAUAUCCGCGCUAUACACACAACACACACAAGAAAAAUUAACUCAAACUUACAUGCACUUCCCAUACCAUCAGUCAAGCUGGACUUGGAUGUAUAAUAUUUACGUGAUAGUCUGCCAUGCGACACUGCCUUGUGAGCUAGAGUUAGUUCAAUACUGAAAAGAUUAGCUUCUUGUAAGGGAAUCCAAGACAGUUUUGGAUUCUGGAUUCCACGCCAUGGAUUCCGGAUUCCAGGUACUGGAUUCCAGUCUUUGUCAGUGGUGAAACUUGGAUUCCGGAUGCUAAUCUUUAGUGGGAUUCCGGAUUCUUUAAGAUUUAUACCGGAUUCCACGAGGAAAGUUUCCCGGAGUCCGGAAUCCGGACUCCCUUACACUGGGCGAAAACACUAUACUAAUGCAUUUUAGUGAAAUCCAACUAGUGGUCUAUUAUCAAUGCUGCGUUCUGAUUGGUUGAGCUACUACUAGGCUAUAUGUUAUAGCCCACUGGUAGCGAAAAGCGCCGGCUUUGAAAACCAAAACAAUGGUAGCUGAAUCGCGUUUUGCUAGUUAAAGUUGUUUUGUCCUGAUAUUUUUGACCAACUGGUUGGAUUUUACUAAAACAAUUAUUCCUCUCGCCCUCAUGGCCUCUGAAUCAAUAGCCCAUUCUGUCUUCGGCCUCAUGGGCUAUUGACUCCGAGCCCAUUGGGGCUCGAGGAACAAUUGUUAAAUAUGGAGAACAUUCAUAGAGUCUCGCAUCACUGUUAGCUACUGAGCCAGUACAUGUACUUACGCUUUUCAGACCUCGGCAACCUUAAAACACCAGUAAAUUCAUCAAAAACGGUUGAACCUGUGCCAUCGUCAUGGUUCGAUGAGAGGGUAACAUCAUCAGAGGAAACUGCCAAGAAGUUUAACAAGGGUUUGGUGUGCUCCAUUUAUCACAUUCUCUUCCACUCUUCAAAUGAUUUCCCAGGACUUGUUAAUUAUCUCAUGGCCAUAGUCAGCAGGUAAUUGAUACAUGGAAAAUGCCGCAUAAGAAGUAAAGACAGUUGCUUUUGGUCCUCAUUUGCAUAAAAAUCAAUUAUCGACUUACCCAGAAUGGAGUGGAAAACGUCCAGACUUCUGAUUGGUCCGUUAACAGCAAUCUUUGGUUGGGUUUUAAACCAAUGCGCUCUACUUCUGACGUACCAUAUAUAAUAGUGUACUGUCGACUUAACAAAUGAGCAACAAACAACUCGCAAUUUCUCGGCCGUCACUCUGUAUUAAAAGCAGUAGUGUCGAAGCGUUUGACCAUUUUGCCUUAUUAAUCAGUUCGGUUGACAACACCAGUAUCUUGUAUUAGUUCGGUUGACAACACCAGUAUCUUGUAUCAGUAUCUCUCGGCGAUUACUGCUCACUUUUAUAGUACUUUUGUUUCGCUCUGUUCCGCCUAAUUCGUACGAUGUUUUUCUCUUUAAGGGAGGAUAGCUGGAAGCUGUUUGACUCUACCUCUUCAGGUUUAAAGAUUUCAGACGCUAAAGAGGUACUUUCACGUGUGAAAGAUCAUACUUAAACUUACUUAAACUCAACACACGAAUUGAUCUGAAUUCUUAUCUCUGAAUAUGGUUGCAAAGUCCAAAUGAAACAAUUUUGAAAAGGUGCCAUUGAAAAAACCUUCAGAACACAAAAAUGUUAAUAAAACGUGCGGUAUCUGCCAUUUACAUAGGAAUAACGGAAAUUCCGGGUGGAAAAACAAAUUUUUCGCGCCAUUCCGUUUGAGAAGCUUCAGAAAAUAUGCACUGUGAUUUGAGGCGAUGUAAUUUUAAUCUUUUCAGCUAGUUUGGAUAUAAUGUGUAGCGGUUCGUUCUCCCACCACUUCAAAUUCUAUAGCUUUUUGUUUAAGAUUUCCAGCCCGGAGGUUUGUUUAAAUGGUAAGCACCCAUGGUAAACAUGGUUAGAGAGCUAACGAAAUGAAAAACCCCAGGAAGACGAUCUUAUGCCGUGUUAAUGAUGUGGUCGUGGGGAAAAUGACAAGAAUAUGAUUUCAAUGCCGCACCUCAAACCUGAUGUUGAGAAGACUAACCUAACGUAAUAAACGAAAAGAAAAACGCGAAGAACGUGCUGGGUGUCAAAAUCCCCGGUAGAUUGCGAUAGCAGUUUAAUAAAGAACGGCAAGAUUUUUAGUGCCUCUUUGGUCCAUUUGCUUGAUUCCUUCCUUUAAAAUAAUUCUUUUAUUUUAUGUGUAGCAUUUUUCAGGUGCAGGUUCAUUUUCCCGUCACUGUUAGCAAUAGGGAAAACCUACUCACCAAAAUUGAAUUAGACUUAGGCUACUUGCAAUUGGCUACAGUUUUUUUCGUUACGGAGCACUGGGUCGUAGUUGAAUGGUUUCAGUUCUUUAGGGAGACAAUUGGUUUUGAUUGGUCUUCUGGGAAAGCGCUCGUUCACACUUUAGCAGGAGUCAUUAUUAAUUCAUGAAUGUUGUUAUUUUAUUUCUGAAUCAACCUAGUUUUGGGUUUGGAGCUGAUUAUUUUUGCUCUCUUGUGUUUCGCUAGAGUCCAGUGUGGCUGGAUUGUGUCUACAGGACGUUUGACCCGUACAUUGUCAGGUUCGUUUUUGCAUCUAUUAUUGUACUACAGAAUGAGAUCAUCUCCAAUCAGUUUUAAUUUUCGAGGAAGAGAUCUCACUAAAGCGAACUUCACUCCAUUGGUUCUCACCAUCGAGUCUCCGUUAAUACAUUUAAUGUCCCUACUUCUUCAGUUAUCUUGGAAAAAAGGUCCAAAAAAGGCAUUGCACCAAGUUUCGACAACUGGGCCGAGUUGUUCAAAGCUGGGUUAAGAUAACCCAGGGUUAGUGCGAGAUUUGAAUUCAGAUUUGAAAGCUUAAAAAGCAUUUCAGUUUUAAAUCUUUUUGUCUAAAAGUUGAUGAUUGAAAGCUGUAAAAAUAACAGCGAAAAUUAUCCCAGAAAAUACUUUUGAACAUAAGAAAAAGGAAACCCGGGUUAAAUUUUUACUCCGGGUUAAGCGCUAAUCGGCCUUCGAACAACUGGACUGUAAAUUGAGAAGCCUCAGAAAACAGCCGACAUUUCGCGGCGCUGUCACUGGUUUCCCCGCGAAAUGACUUUGAGGAACGAGCCAAUGUUGGUGUUGUGAUGACGUCACUUCCCAGAUUUCUUCUGAUUGGUAGAUAGUUUGAAAUUUGCGCAACCAAUGAGAGGCAUGUCUGGGUAUCAGUAUGGAAUCAGUUUGUUGGCUGUUUUCUGACGUCCUGACGCGGCGGGCAGCUGCGGGUUCUAUUCCUUGCCUAACGAACACGCAGGAUCUUAAAAUACGUGAGGAGAGGGUGCUGCGUUUGUGUCACAUCUGCAAGUAGUUAGAUCUUUGAGUGUGGACCCUGGACCUGGACCCUGGAACCGUGGACCCUGUCUUACAGUGCUUUUACAUCCUCUUAAUCUGGCCCUGUGCACGUAAAAAAAUGAAACACUAGAGACUUAACAAAUCUCUGUUUAUGACGGCCCUGUUUUGUUGUCCUUGAUCUUGGGAGGGCAAGCUGUAGGAAGAGACCAUACUAUAAGGAUUACCUCUUGAUCCUUCUUCAGUCUAGAGUAUGUACGUUUAUGAGGGGUACUAAAGUUCUUGGUCACACUUAAUUCAAUUGUCCAGGUUUUUGCAGCCGUCAUUGCUGUUACUAUGUGAACAGGACAAGAAGGUUACAAAAACGUACAACUUCACCUCCAUGAGUGCGCUACCAUGUGGCUGUCCACGCAAGAAGUCACCGAAGACCAGGGAUAACAAAAGUACGUUUUGAUCAGCCUAGUCCUUAGGAAUUUUCUCUUUCUCCUUUGUCCUCGCGAAGUCUGUUCUCAAAACAAUCCCAUAGCAAAAUUUGACACAACACCUAUCGAGACCGCACGUUGUAGACAAGGAUCUCAAGAGUCAAGACACUAAGGACGGCGAUAAGCCUGUUGAUAAUUUAGUUGCUGCUUUGUUAUUAUGGAUAAAUAACACAAUUUUUCGCCACCCCCAUGCAAUCAAUGUCACGUUUUUUUAUCUUUCCUCUUUGUUUUUUCGACUUUUUUUUCUUUUCAAAUGUUCUUUCUUAUCCCCAAGGAAGACCUAAACAGUCACUUUAGGUCAAUUUAACUCCCUGUAGACUACCUGACAAUUGGUUGUGCACAUUUUUAGCUGUUAUAUGAGAUACAUUUAACCUCUUUGGAUGCAUACUUAAUUCUAGAUCACACUGAGGUCCUCUACAAUGCUCUUCAAGAUCUGUUAAAUCAGAUGACUCAGCACUUUUGCGCAAUUCCGAAGAUAAUGAGUCAGUUCUUAAACAAGUUGCAAGGUGUGUAUUUUAUAUAAACCUCCUCUGGUUGCUCUAUUUGCCCAGGCCACGCAGUCUAAGGUAGUUCAUUCAAUUUUCGUAUGAUUGGCGUUGAAAGUUUUUCCUCCGCCUUGUGAGUUAGAGUAAACUAUUUGACGACACCAUUCUCGCUGCAUAAUUAAUUAGGCCAUGGCAGGAGUUUUGAAAACCCGUGCGAAUUCCCUCGGGUUCGCGAAUGCUUGUUACUGUUGUAAUGCUUUGCAAUGCUUUGCGCCCCUCGACUUUAAAUUUGACAGUGCCGUGUGAAACAUGAUCAUUUCUAAUGAUUGUGAUCCGGGCCCACAGUCAAUUUUCGCGACCCACCCUUCCUUCCCUUGCUGAGGUUGACGGUUAUUGCCUCAGCAGUCGCGGACCUUCCCGUAAGUUGAUAUUAUGCAGUGAGGUAACGAGUCUGCAAUGAAGACAUGCUACCAUUUUUGCGUUUCAUGUUGGAGACAUGAUCACCUUCUCUGCGUGGUUGUCCGAACCUUGCGAAGGCUUGCUGUUCGUAGGGAAAAGACCGUGAAUUCAUGUCUCCGUUACUUUAAGACACUAAUAUCUGAACCGCGAGCUCCCGCUCUGCAAGCCAUCUUUCUACCAACUGAGCUAGGGUUGCAACCCUUCCGUGGUUGAAGAGGCUUUUAUUGCAGACAGUAUUUGUUAUGGUCUUUCAUGAAUGCCUGAAUUUUGAUUCCCUAUAUUUUCAGAGUCUGUACAUCAAAAGUCAGUAGAUUUAUCAAGCGAAACAGUUGGAGUGAAGGUGAGCUCUUGUUAUUCAUGUUUUCUGAAAAUUAAUGUAACUAACUGCGUGAAGAAUUUCGCGUCUUAAUUUUUUUUAGUUUCAUGAUCAUCAUAAAAUGUUACGUUCUGAGUAAAAAUUAAGUGUCACUUCUUUGAAAGGAUCAGUACAGAUAAAAAGAAUUCUCUCAAACAAUACUAGAGGAUUUCGCUAUCGCAGCACGCUAACUCUCUUUGCCCGACGUCCUCGGAACAAUCUUUGUCCUGUCUGUAUUUCCCUUUAGUAUAGGUAAUAGCCCUUCGUAAAAGAGUUUACUUAGACAAGACAAUUCAAACCAAGAGCAUUUUUAUUAAUGGCGUUAACGAGAAAAGCCUCAAUCUAUUUGUGAAACUCACUCAAUAUCAGACAACCACUCAUGCAUUCUCUAGAGUAACCCGAGAACUGGCUUUUUUGGAGGGUAUAGGACUAAAACUACAGUAAACGGGCAACAAAAAACGUGCAACUUGUUUUGCAACAUUGCUGCAAAACGAGUUGACAAGCGAUGUUGCGCGUUCUGUGUUUGCUUUAUUGAGGACCUGGUUCACUUUAACUGCAGAUAGAUAAACAGCUUCUGGUAUAUUAUGUAGGCUAUUUUUCGGAAAUCCUGUACCCUUAUAGCGGGUCCGCGGGUUUCAAAAAGUGCCAUGGAACUGAAUGUUUUACCCUCGUAUUGCCAUCAUCAGAUUUCUGAAACAAUCUGUGGCUUGUUUUUUUGAUAGGUUCUUGCCAGCUUGUUGUAUCGCUGGCUCAGCGAUAUAGACAGAGUAGUGUCUGUUUGUGACGCACAUCUAAGCGUGGAGACUCAGAGAUGCAUGGCUAUGUUUGCUGAAAUAGUCUGGCAUGUUCUUGUUAACCUCGGUAGAACUGAAGGUUGGUGUUACUGUGUCGCAGCACUCAAGUGUUUAGUUGUGCCUAAUCUCGACCCAGAUCUCCUGUCGGCUUCGUCAGCAAGAGAUCUGGGUACGAGAUUUUAGUUGUGCCAAUAACUUGCUACAACACUCAACUUUUGUCGCGGACAAAUUACUUCUAAAUGACAAAUUUGCAGCUUUGUGAGAAAAAGUAUGUCCCCGAACGUUCUUUUCCAAGUUACAAACAACAGAGUUAAGCUUUGAAAAACUGUUUUGCUGUAUGAUCAGCUUUCAAAAUCCCAAUUGCAGUCUGCCCGUUUUAAUUUUCGUCAGUUAUGUUCAUCAAAACAUGUGUUAUCCCAGGUGAGAGUAUCCACGCAUUGUUUUUUAUUUUUUGUGUCUUUCAAAUGUUUAGUCUUCACUGUUUUAAGCAGUAAUUCACCCUAAAUUUGUUUGACAUCGCUUCUUAACGGACUUUGAAACAGUGUUUGGAACAUUAAGUUGUUUUAAGCGAUAGCAAGAGAGCGUAAUGGAACGGAGGGGAGGCGCCCAGUUUAGCCCUUAGGAUAUGUGAAUUUCACCAAAGUUAUUUUUAGACCAAUUGCUGGGUUGCAGGUGACGUCACGGCGGCCAUGUUGGUGUUCAAGAACAAAAGAAUUUUUCUCCUCUGGGAACUAAACUCUAUUUUCAUGUGAAUUCUUCGAGAAAACUGAAUUCUAUUGUAUCGAACCCAACAUGGCCGGUUUGUCACGUGGUUGCAAACCAAGAAUUAAACGCUUGAAAUUAAUCGGAAGUUGGUUUCCGGAGAGGUCUGCAAACUUUUGUUCAGUGUUGUCAGGAGAGAACUCAACAGUCGCUAUUACAAUAUGCUUUAUUGUUUGCUUUGACCGUUAGAGGCAGUCGCGCGUGGACUUGAUGACGUCUCAAACAAUCGAUUAAAAUGUGCGUACGUCUCAGGAAUCAGACGUCCGUUUAAUAAGAACCUGUAAAAAUAACUUAAGUGAAAUUCACAUAUUCCGUGUCUUAUUAUUUUCUCUUGGCAACAGACUAUACUUAUGUUGUGACCUACGUGUACUUGUAUAAACUCCUCAGGUGGUGUGAGGAAUCCUGAUUUGCCGUCAGACAUGGAUGCUCUUUUGAUUUCCAAGAGAGACUGGUUGAAUCAGAAGGUCGGCCAAAUCAAGACGCAAAUUGCAAGCCAGUAAGUCUUUUUUAUACCAUUGGCUAUCAAUGCAGGAGUUCCUCGCCUUUAGGGAGAGUUGGCUAUUGCCGCUCAGGUCAACUAUGCAUUUGCUUUGGUCACGGUUUAGCAGCGGUGGUUGAGAGAGGAUUGGGACGAGGAAACGUUAGGAGAAGUAGAUGUUUGGCCGUCAUUGUGACUGAAACAUGCGUCGUCUUUGUGCCAUGCUUUGUUCGAAAUCGCCACUUAUUGUAAUUUUUACCAGUUUCACUGUUACGGUUAUUUUUGAGAUUACUCAUUGGAGAGCCAUGAGACAAACGGCACCUCUAUUUUUAAAGUUACUGUUAAUUUUUUGAGCAGCUGAGUUCUGCAAAGUUAUAAAAGUUUGCAGGGGGUACCCGUAUGAUAGUCGUGUUUGUGUCUCCGCAGAGCGUUUGAAGAAUAUCAAGUGGAAACAGUGUAUGAAUCGGUAGCUGAUCUUCACUUCGCUCACAUGGUAGAUGCUCUGAUGAAAGACAAAAAAGGUGAUGGUUUGCCAUCUUAGCGUGCUUGUGCACGGUUUUUCGUAUCACUUUUUCCUGCACAGCUUCACUGCACUACUAUCUUGAAUUUCCCGCUUCAUUCUCCUGACCUUAGUGUUUUGUUUGACUAAGCCGAACAUAAAGUGAAAUCAGCCUCCUAACAAUCUAUAUCCUUCUUUCUUAUCGUUACAGGUUCAGCUUCUCUGCGGCAUGCUUACAACUUCAUUCAGGCAAACAAGGUACCAUUUAUCACUGAACGGAAUUGAUUGAGCAAUUAUAUUUAGCUACGAAAAGUAACGGUAAACCUUGGUCCAACUGAACUCGUGAAAGAAUCAGUGUGUUUAUAUUCACUAACAUUAAUGGAGGACCCUGUUAUAACGUACUCUGUAAUUAUAUGUACUGUACAAAAAUAAUAGUUGUCAGAAAAAAAGGCUGUACCGCAGUGUUGAUAAAAAAACUGAAAUGACAAAUUUUCGGCUCGGUAGCGCAUGAGUAAGACGCGUAUCACAUGUAGACUAAGUAAAUGGCCUUGUUCUCCAAGGCAAAUACAAAAUAAGAUCGACCUCACCAAAGGGAGGUUUUGUGAGCCCGCGAAACUGAGCAACCCCCACAAAUCCUUGUUUUCACUAAAACCGCUGGACACAAAACUUCUCUUGGGUCGAAGUUACAUUGUCACAACCGUUCUCCAAGCGUUUUCCAGUGACUCAGUGAAUAGAGGACAUCCGCCUGGUGUUGGGUGGGUCGUAUGUUCUAAUCCUGUCGGGUUUCAUGAUUUUUCCUUUGUCCUGCGCUUUUGACUUGACGAUUAUUAGAUCUCUCUAACUCACUACUGAGCUAGAAAAAACCCUAAUCUUUGUUAUUAACUAGUUUGGUUUUAAUCUUGCAUUUUUUUAUAAUGCGUGUGGUUUUACGUUUACACAGGAUUGGCUUUUGAAUCUCGUUCUAGUUCCGGGCCACAUUCUUCCUCCUGAACCAUCACGUUCACGUCAAGGCAGCAAGCAAAGCUCAGGUUUUAACCCACUCAAACAGUUUGCUAUGAUAGGCGAGUACGCUUUUAACCAGGAAAAGAUUGCGUCUUUCCCGUUUGACUGGAAUAAGCUGUUGCAGAGUGGCCUAUGUUCAUCAACGGAAACGGUCAAGCGACUGGUGUUUAACAGAAGCGAACUUCAGGAAGGAGCGUGUUUAGAGGACAGCGAGAAAGAGCUUGUGAAUGCUCUUAAAGGGCAUUAUGGUGUUACUGUGGGUGGAGGGGACGGGGAACAAGCAGGGUAAAGAAAAGUCACUUCUAAGAGUAGCCAGAGGAAAAAUACUGUAAAAUUAUCUAAUGUAAACGGGAAAAAUACGUAUCAUGUGUAGUGUCAGCAAAUAAUUGUUGAGGAACAGCAUUAGGCGGCAAGACCGACACAGCGCUUUUUCAUUGGCGGCAUUUUUUAAAGUAGAGAGUUUCAAUCCCUCUUCUGCGAUUAAUAUAGGCCGGUUUUGCAGGACGCAGAACGAAUACGAUUCACCUGCCGACAUUUGUUGUUCCUACUGGCAAAGCAUUCUGGUGAUGGUGAACUUCCGCUUGGGAAGUAAAUGAAGAAACACGACUUUUCGGUUCGUUGCAGUGGAAAACUUCCGGGAGCAACGGAACCUCUGAAAAGGCAGUUGCUGUUUCUCUGACGUUCGAAAUGGUAAAUACGAUUCUGGGACGAAACGUAACGUUAAUACACCCAAUCCGUGAACGACCGAAUAGCCCAUGUAAAUGGUGUAGAGUAAUCUGCUGAUAAUGAACAGAGCAGAUUGAUCUCUGUUUUUGGAUUUUUGUUCCAGCAAGGAAUCUGAAAACGAACUCUGCCUUGGGCGAUUAUCAGAGCAAAUUAUAGUUUUGUCCUUGAGAACAGAAAUAACAAAAGAACGAAAGGCAGAUCCAACUGAACUUGAAAUGUCAUUAAUUAAAACUUCGAACGGCCAUUUCAAUUUUCUUUUUUCACUUGUGAAGUUUAGAAUAUUUUUUCUAGUGUUGAAACUCUCAAUAAUAGUCUGUUUGGGAAACUGAAAAAUUACUUUUGAAGAGUGAGUCAAAUAAAGUGAAUCCAAUUUCUGAAAUAAAGAAAUAAAUAAAACUAUGGAGGAAAAUUACCGUGAGGUCCUCCUAAAAGUAACUGGCAUGUUUCUUCCCUAAUAAAUUCAAAAACUAUCAGACCCAAAAUAAACAAAACAAAUAAUUUUUUCGACAGUGCAAAAUCUCAAGCAACGAAUGUCCUAAUACUUAAUGCUGUUUCGUUAUUCGCUCUAACAUUUUUCAGUUUCGUUGUUUUCUCUCGUCAGCAUGUCAGUUCCGGAACUCUGUCUGGUUGGUCGCGCGCAAGAAACUCUCCGGUCCAGAAAUACUUUCGCUGCGCAAACGUCGAUUUUGCUGUCGCACUGUAAACUACAAAGUUUUGCUCGCUAAGGUAGUUUGGUUGUUUCCUAUAUGUUGCGGAUGCUAUCUGUAACAUCAAGAAACAGCUUAGUAGCUCCCGCUGAGUUUCGAACCUCUUUACAUACUAUUUGUAGUUUUCGUGUCUAGUUUUUCCUCUUGUUGAGGAAAAAAUGACUGUCGAAGUAUUUAACGUCCAGAAAUUUAUAAAAUAUCUUUGACUGUUUCGCAAAUACUUACUUAACUUACCGCAUAAACAGGUUUUGAAAAUGUAUAGACGUAAUAUAUGAAUGAUAAUGUACACUGAGAUGAUAUUUAAGGUUCUCUUGUUUUACUUUCCAAUUAAAAGGAUUUAAAAAACAAUUCCUAAAAAUCAUUGAUAACACAGAAAUACCAUAUUUUCUAAAUUAAACGCCCGCGGCUUUUAUUUCAAAAUUGGCUUAGAAGAACCGGUCUUUGUUUCAAACUGUAGUUUAUUCAGAUCAGACUCUCUUUCACAAUGGGUGUUUAAUAGCUGUUCUCGACAACAUUAACUGCACGAGGCAUUAAUGCCCAAGUCGCCUUUAUACAGCUUUUUGGCCCGAUGUUUAAUUUAGAAAGUUCUGGGCAAAAGAAAUUAAUGUUAAAUGAGAGUCUUGAAAUCUAAUAAAACUCUACUUCUAUUUAAUUUUAGCUCAAUUUAAUGCUCUUAGUCAAAACAACAUAAAACUUGAGCAUUAUUGAACGAAUAAACUAACGUUCUUC